AUGUCUUACAAGCUGAUCCCCCCGACGAGGACGAAGGACAUGACUUGGAGCCACCUCGGUUGCCCUCGCCCGUUCCAUCGUCGACGGCAGGUGCUAGUUCCUCACCGUCGUCGUCCAGCAAGCCUUCUUCUUCCGUUCCAGAUGCAUCGCACCAGCCCCCUGGUCCGAAGAAUGGGGCAGUUCCUCCACCAGCUGAUCAGGCCCCAGCGCCUGAAGUCGUUCUUCGCCAAAGUGACCGUGUUCGGUUUCGGCCCAAGCAUCUGGAGCUGUACGACACGUCCACUAUAG